GACAGAAAGCAGAGAGAUUCUAGAAUGGAAGAGGUGAGAGGGACAGCUUGUAAUGAUCCUGGGCACACAGCCACCUGCUAAUCCAGACUAGUUCCUGCCCGGACAGUGGGCACCCCCUGGCACACAAAGUGGAUCGAGGUCUUGGUACUUUCUAUCCAUUCCCUUCUUGUCACCAUGAGCCUGGAACUGUACUUGGACCUUAUCUCCCCACCCUGUCGGAGCAUUUAUGUCUUUGCCAAGAUGAACAAUAUCCGUUUCGACUACUUCCCUGUGGAUCUGCUGCGAGGUGACCACCACAGUAAAGAAUUUGAAGCCAUCAACAUGCUGAAGACAGUGCCUGUACUCAAAGAAGGAGAUUUCACCCUGAUUGAGAGUGUGGCCAUACUGCUGUACCUAACCCGCAAAUACAGGACCUCCAUCUAUUGGUACCCUCCUGACGUACAGCUGCGGGGCUUGAUUGAUGAAUAUAUGGCCUGGCAGCAUGACAGCAUACAUCUAAAAAUGCAAAAGUUUCUGUGGUCAAAGUUGCUGAUCCCACUGAUUACGGGCCAAGAAAUGCCAAAGGAAAAACAGGAUGAACUACUUGGAGAGGUCAAUGUGAAUGUCCAGUUGUUCACGGACCACUUCUUGAAGGAUAAGCCAUUUAUAGCAGGGAAUAUCAUCUCCUUGGCUGAUCUCCUGGCUGCUAUGGAAAUGAUGCAGAGCUCUCCAAUUUCCAGAUGUCUUGAAGUUACAGGGACAAGUUGGAGGCAGAGCUUAGAGCUAGAAACAAAUGCAGAGUCGCCAACCAAGGUUUUAUGGAAAGAAAAAACUCAUCAGGAAUUGGAGCUUUGAGAGGAAGAAGAUUCUGCUACAGGAGCCCAGAUCUGAAGCUGGAAACCCCUCAGAAACCACAGCAUCCAACUGCCUCGUUGUACAGAGGAGGAAAUUCAGUUCCAGACUGGUUAAGGGGCUUACCUGAUGCCAUACAGGUCAGAAGCACCAGAGGCAAGAUUGGAACCCCAGGCAUUCUGACUCCACACCCCACGCUCUUUACUGAUGAGGUAAAUAUUGAUGUGGUAACUGGGUGGUGCAAUGGAUAGAUCACUGGGCCUGGAGUCAGGAAGACUCAAAUAUAAAUCAAGCCUCAGACACUUACUGGCUGUGUGUGCCUAGGCAAGUCACUUACCUUCUGUUUGCCUCAGUUCCCUCAUAGGUAAAAUGGGCAUAACAACAGCACCCAUAUAAGGUAAUAGUUGCAAAGUGCUCAGCCCAGUGCUUGGCAUAUAGUCAUUGCCAGAUAAAUGUAGCUACUGUUAUUAGUAUUCUGUCAUAGAAGAGAGUGUGUCUUGAGUAGAAGUAAAAGGCUCCUAACAUCUGUUGCAGCUCUGAGAUGCUGAAAUUCAGUGGGGUGGGAACAAGAGUCCUUUAAAACACACACACACACACACACACACACACACACACACACACAAAUCUAGGAGAAAAAGAUCAGAUGGGAAAGACUUCAUUCAAUACAUUAUGUCACAAGCAGAAAAGAUGAACCUAGCAGAACUUGGUUUGCCAUUCACGACCAUGUUUACAUAUUGGCAAUUAAAAGUAUUAUUUAUUCAGAAUAUCAUUUCAAAUUCCGGGGAUGCCACAAGACUAUGAGCUAUGGACCACGAUAGCUCUGAAGAAUUGAAGCUGAGCAUCACCCAGAAGAUGGCAGCCAGAUGGCACAGUGGAUGGAACACUGGAUUUGGAAUCAGGAAGAUUCAUUUUCAUGAGUUCAGAUCCAGCCUAGAGAUGUAUUAGAUGGACAAGCUAUUUAACCUAUUUGCCUCAAUUUCCUCACCUGGAAAAAUGAACUGGAGAUGAAGAUGGAAAACCACUCCAGGAUCUCUGCCAAAAAAACUCCAAAUGGGGAGAGGAAGAGUGACAUAGGCACAACCAACAGGACAAAACAAUAAAAACAAAAUCAUCCAGAAGGUACUGGAAAGGCACAAAAUAGGCGUGAGUAUUUGACACAUAUGGCAAAGAAACACAGCAAAGAAUGUCAUCAAAGAACUGUGUAAUAGGGAAAAAAAUAUAUGGCAGGAAAGAAGAUAGGGUGGUCACAUGGUGAGAGGAUGGAAAAACCAAUAGGUUGUCCCUGUGCUCUUCUGGUAUACUCUCAAUGUCAAGAGAAAGGAAUGAAAGUCACCCUCAGUCUAGUGAUGGGACCCCUAUGGCUAAAUGAUGGGAGGACUUGAGUUAAAGUCCCAUUGGAUGGGCAGCCAUGUGGGUAGGUUGUGCUCUGCAUGGAGGGAGGGAACCCCCUAGUGAUGAGAUCAUGGGGUCAGGGGGUUUGCUGUUGGCUUGCCCCAGGACUCCUGGGUAAGGCCCCCUGUGGGCUGUACUCCUUUCUCACCCUGGUGAACCACAUUCUUCCCAAGGAGAACUGAAAAGCAUUUUCCCUCUUCCUCUACAUCCCCACCACACCUCAGGACUUUGUUCCAAGAGUCACAAAUGACUUGUUGUGGUAUUCAGUCAAUGACUGGCUGAGUCUUCUUCUCUCCCCUAAUUGCUACCUUCUUCGGCAGAGACCCCAAUAUGCUACCCUUCCACUUGCCAACCAUCACUACAACAGCUGAGUUCUCCAACUCAGUUCUCUCUGCAACCAAAAUCUCUCAAGAACUCCCUUUAUAGCAUUUCUUCACAAGAUGAAUUCAAAGACUUUUCUCAGGAAAGAAGUUCUCUCCCUCCUCUUUUUCUCUACCUCAUUC